AUGAUGCGCAGUGCGCUCCUACUCUCUUUCGUUCCCCUGGUCUUGGGAUGCAACAAUCCUGCCAGCCAUGCUUGUGCUUCGGUAUACACUGCUUCUGCUGCCGAGGCUUCCGCGUUCUGCGCUACCUUCACAGCGAGCGUCGUGACGGCGACUACCGGUCUCCCAGCCUUCGCCUCGGCCUGCGACUUCAAGCCAAGACACCUCUCGAGCGCCUGCAACUGCCUCGAUACCGCCUGGGCCACUGAUUCGCCUGGAUCCGGAUCAACUCCUAUCACAACCAGUGCUGCUGCUCUGACUAGCGCCACGCCACUUGAUACUAGCCCUGCUAUAACUAGCGCCGUCCCCGUCGUGUCCAUCGAAACGCCUGCCGUCUCCCAGACCACUUUAGUCAAAAGUGUGCGUCCGGUUGUCAGCGCAUCCUCCGCGAUUGCUACCACCGAGGCACCCACCUCUUCCUUCGCUUCUACCGUUGUCGAUGCCGCUGCUGCUACUGGCUCGGCCUGUGUUGUGUCCGAAUACGAAUCACUCUCCUCUGCCGUCGCAUCCUGCACCAAUAUCAUUCUGUCUGAUCUUUACGCGCCUGCCUCUAGCACCAUUGAUCUGCAAAGUCUUCAGACUGGUACCACCGUUACCUUUGCUGGUACUACUACCUUUGGCGAUACUUUUGACGAUGACUUCGACCCCAUCAUUAUCUCCGGAACUGAUCUUACCAUCACUGGUGCUUCGGGCCAUGUGAUUCAGGGUAACGGUGAGGCCUACUGGGAUGGCAAGGGUUCCAAUGGAGGACAGGACAAGCCCGAUCACUUCAUCGUCAUCAAGCAUACCUACAACUCCAAGAUCACCAAUCUGAACAUCAUGAACUGGCCAGUCCACUGCUUCGACAUUACUGGCUCCGAGCACCUCACCAUUUCCGGAGUUGUCCUGAACAACACUGCCGGUGAUGAACCCAACAGCGCCAGUGGCGAUGACCCAGCUGCUCACAACAGCGACGGUUUCGAUAUCUCCUCCAGUGACUACAUUACCCUCGAGAACAUCGAGGUCUACAAUCAGGACGACUGCGUCGCUGUCACCAGUGGAACCCAGAUCGUUGUCGACAACAUUUACUGCUCUGGAGGCCACGGUCUGAGCAUCGGUUCCAUUGGCGGUAAGAGCAACAACACCGUCGACGGAGUCACCUUCAAGAACUCCCAGGUUGUCAACAGUCAGAACGGAUGCCGCAUCAAGUCCAACUCUGACACCACAGGCAGCGUUAGCAACAUUGUUUACCAGAACAUCACCUUGUCCGAAAUCUCAGAUUACGGUAUUGACGUCCAGCAGGACUACCUCAAUGGUGGUCCCACUGGCGAACCCACAAACGGCGUCACCAUUAGCGACGUUACUUUCACCGAUGUCACCGGCACUGCCACCGAUGAUGCCUACAAUUACUACAUUCUGUGCGGUUCUGACAGCUGUUCCAACUUUACUUUCACUGAUGUGUCAAUUACCGGAGGUGGUGAGACUAGCAGCUGCAACUAUCCCUCAAGUGGAUGCCCUUGA